AUGAAGGUUUGUCUGAGAUGGGUAUACGAGCAAGGGGUGAGUUUGGUGGUGAAGAGCUUCAAUAAGGACAGGAUCCAAGAAAAUAUUGGCAUAUUUGAUUGGGAGCUGAGUCCUCAGGAAUUGGAUAACAUCAAUCAAAUUCCACAAAACAGAGGAUUUCCAGCAAUCAACUUCAUUGCAGAUGAAGGCCCUUACAAGUCUCUUCACGAGCUUUGGGAUGGAGAGAUUUAA